ACUACUAAGGCCGAAGAAGUGACACAGGCAACUGAGGGUGAAACGAAGCAGCCUUCAGAGACCACAGCCGAGACCGCUACAGGUAGCACAGGCGAAGCUCUAGCAGAGGGUUUGAGUACCAGCACUGCAUCUGAGACUAACGCCACAACCGAGACUCCCGAGAGCGAAGCUGCUGCCAAAGAAGGUGGUUCAGGCACUGAAGAGGAGGCCAAGGUCGUGGACGCUCAGGUAGUAGUGGCAGAAAACACCACGGCGGGUGAUGCCUCAGAUGAAGGAAAGGCUGCCGGAACUAUCACCGAGGUUGUAGCCGAAACUACAGCGGAAGGAGAAAAGAAAGAAGCUGCGGAAACACCCUCUUCAUCAAUGACGGACAUAACGGCCGCCGAACAGUCCACAGCUACUUCUUCUCAACCCGUUAUUGGAGCAGAAGCUCCUAAGGAGGUGGAGCACAAGGAGGCUGCAGAGGGAUCUGCAGAGGCUCCAGAAGGUACCGCAGAAGGUAGCGCAGUUGAGGAAAGCGCGACAGUUCCUUCCGAGACCUCCACGCUGCUCACGGGCACUGGUGCGGAAUCACCGUCGAACGAAAUCACGAGCGCGGCCGAUAGCACGACAUCACCUCAAGCAGGUAAUGAGCACAGCACGGUAGCGAUCGCUAACACAUCGCAGACGACCAUUACCCUGCCUCAAUUCCCCAAUGUUCCUUAUGUUUUCGUGCCUGUUCAGUCGAUUCGAGGUGCUCAGUUGCCAGGAUUGAGUUACUUACUAAUUCCGAAAAAGUACGAAAACGAUCUGCCAGAGUUGCUAACACGUAGUUCAUAG